GGUCCUGCGGGGAGGAGUGUCUACGGGCUGGGCGGCUACUCAACCAGAGGCCGGGUCCCCUCGGAGUGAGGGCCGGGCAAGGCCGCUCGGCGGGCGGGCGGGUCCAGCGAGGAGGAGUGUCGCUGGGGCAAGGCCGCUCCCCUCAGCCCGGCGACCAGAGGCCUACCGGCGGCCACAUCCAGCUGGGCGGAGAGUGGGCGGUGUGGGCUGCCCGUCAGCCCAGAGGCCGAGGCCAGGCGGGUCCAGCGGGGGUCAGUGUCGGCGGACAGGGCCGCGCCCCUCACUCAGCCCGGCGGCGAGCAGAGGCGGGCCUGCGGGCUCCCGGGCCGAGCGGCGGUCACUGUGCCCCGCCACCAGAGGCUGAGGACGGGUCGGGCCGGGUCGAGCAGCGACCAUGCCCUACUACGGCUCCGAGGACACGGUGAAGGAGCUGCGGCGGGCUCUGGCUAACCCCGGGCUCCAGGCGGACAAGCUGAGGUACAGGAACCUGGUGCUGAGGGUGAUCCGCUACAUGAGCCAGGGGCUGGACGUCUCCGCUCUCUUCAUGGAGAUGGUGAAGGCCAGCGCCACCGUGGACGUGGUGCAGAAGAAGCUGGUCUACCUGUACAUGUGCACCUACGCUGCCCUGAAGCCCAACCUGGCGCUCCUGGCCAUCAACACCCUGCGAAAGGACAACACUGAUCCCAACCCCAUGGUCAGGGGUCUGGCGCUGAGAAGCAUGUGCAGUCUCAGAAUGCCUGGGAUAAGCGAAUAUAUUCAGCAGCCAGUGUUGAAUGGAUUAAGAGAUAAAGCAUCCUAUGUCAGGAGAGCAGCAGUCCUGGGAUGUGCUAAAAUGCAGACUCUUCAGGGAGACGCAGAAGUUGAUGGGGCAAUGGUAAAUGAACUAUAUGCAAUGCUGCGUGACCCUGAUCCAAUUGUUAUGGUGAACUGCUUAAGAGCAUUGGAAGAGAUCUUGAAACGUGAAGGAGGUGUUGUCAUCAAUAAGCCGAUAGCGCAUCACCUUUUAAACAGAAUGAAAGACUUGGAUCACUGGGGUCAGAGUGAAGUGCUGACGUUCCUAGUUCGCUACAAGCCUCGAUCUGAAGAUGAAAUGUUUGCUAUUCUGAAUGUACUCGAUGGGUUUCUCAAGAGCAGCCAGCCCAACGUUGUCAUGGCAACCACCAAACUUUUCCUCCUCUUAGCUGAAAAUUUCCCCAAUGUACAGACGGAUAUUUUGGAAAGGAUCAAAGGGCCCUUGUUGACCAUCUGCACCUCGGAGUGCUAUGAACUGUGUUUCCUGGGCCUGUGUCACGCCCGGGAGAUUCUCCGCAGCUUUCCCGGGCACUUCUGCGGUCACUACAAGAAGUUCUACUGCACAUACUCUGAACCAAAUUACAUCAAGUAUCAGAAGAUGGAGAUUUUGCGGGAUCUGGUAAAUGAUGAAAAUGUUCAGCAAAUACUUGAAGAGCUCCAGACCUACUGUACCGAUGUUUCCGUAGAACUAGCUCAGAUGGCCAUCUUAAAUAUAGGACGAAUUGCACGGAUGUACAGUGAAAAGUGUGUGGUUAUUUUGAAGGGGCUGCUGGGCUUGAAGCAGGGGCACGUCACCUCAGCUGUGAUUCAGACAUUUUGCGACCUCGUAUGGCUAUGUCCCCAGUGCACAGAGACUGUAUGUGAGGCACUGCCAGGCUGCGAGGAAUACAUCAAAGACAACGAGGGGAAGCAGGCUUUAAUCUGGCUCCUCGGUGUGCAUGGCAUGCAAGUCCCCAAUGCUCCCUACGUAUUGGAGGAGUUUGUUGACAACGUGAAAAUGGAAACGUCUGCCACAGUGAAGCUGGAGCUGCUGACUGCGAUGGUGCGGCUGUUUGUCACACGUCCAGCUGAAUGUCAAGACACCUUGGGCAGACUGCUCCAUUAUGCUAUUGAGGAAGAGUUGGAUAUGGUUGUGCGUGAUCGUGGAUUGUUAUACUAUCGAUUACUUCAGCAAGGAGUUGAACAGGUCAAGCAGAUCGUGUGUGGGCCAAGAUCGGAUCCAUCCUUGGGUGUCAUCAGUGGCCAGGCCAAUGAGGCGGUGAAUGCCUGGGCAAAAGACUUCAACACACUGAUACCAGUCUAUGGUCAGGAACAUUGGAAUCGCAUGAUGGCACAGAAGGAAAGCUCCUUUGGAAAUCUACAGUUGCUAGCAAUAAACUCUGAGAUGGACUCAACCCCAGAACAUGGGGAGGAUUCUGGAUCAGUCCGUUUGGAAAGCAGUGCCCAGCUUUCACCAGAGCAGUUUGAGGAGUACUGGACGUGCCUGGAAGAUGCCAAAGUAGUGACUGUGGACUGGCACAAGAACCCCUGCCCUGAGGCCAUCCAGGCUGCCUUUCAGACUGUUCACAUUCAGUCUAUUGCCAUCAGCCGAGCAGGAGCACAUCCUUGGAAAGCCUACCUGUUUGCCAGAAAUGAGACUGGGUCACUGUUUCUAACAGAAUUGUUCAUUGACACUGGCAGGAAGAGUUUGCAGAUUACUGUUAAACAAAAGAAUACCAGCGAAGAGCUGCUCAACAGUUUCACCACAGUUGUUGGGUCUGUGAUACAAACCUUGGGCGAGACCGAAGAUCUUGAAAAUGCUUUGUUAGCCACUCAAGAGCAACACUGUCCUCACUAAGAUGCAAGAGUUUUAUUUGUUAACCAUUACUGUCAUGAGCCAUAUUAAUGGAAGAAAAUAGAUGGUGUGUUAAUCAACAGAUAUAACUGGCUAUAGGGUCUGGAUCCUUCUUCAGACUGAUCUCAGAUUAAUCAGUUUGAAGAUGGGUCUUGACCCGAAACAUCACCCAUUCCUUCUCUCCAGAGAUACUGCCUGUCCCGCUGAGUUACUCCAGCAUUUUGUGUCUAUCUUUGGUUUAAACCAGCAUCUGCAGUUCCUUCCUACACAUCCCGUUUGAGUAGGCUGUUCUGUCUAAUGUUUUAUUCAAAAUAUGGAAUUUGGUACAAUUUACAUUUCCUUGUUCCUGCACCCGACAUCUCAAAUCCCUCUCUUUUCACCUUAACCUUAUGCUUUUUAGUGUUAGAAUCCUCUACCCUUGGUAAAAGAUUGAGUGUUCACAUUAUCCAUGUCCCUCAUGAUCUGUAAAGUCACCCCUCAGUCUCCUGCGCUCCAAAGGAUAAAAGAUCCAACCUCUCCCUAUAACUCAAGCCCAAAUAAUAUCCUGGUGAAUCUCUCCUGCAAUCUUUCCAACUUAUUCGAACAGCUUCCUGAGAUUCAUUUAUCUCAUUGUGGCACUGUUAUGUGGGCAGUUGUGAAGCAAAAAAAAAAAAAAGUGAAGUCCUUCACCCAAAGUUUGUAAAUGGAUUUUGUUAAAAAUAUUUGCGAUUUUUCAGAUGCUUCCACUUACACGGAAGAACAUUACUUUUGUUUGACAGAAGUGCAUUUCAGUUGAGAGUGAAUACUUGCCUAUUAACAGUGACUGCCUGCGAUGUCUCAUUCAUUAAGUCUAUUGUGAAAUUUGGGUGCUCUGCUCUUUUAAUUGUAGCAGCAGGAAGGAGCAGGUCAGAGGAAGAGCUUAUUUAAAUAACCACCAUGUACCCUUGAUUUAAUUUUCUAACUUAUUUAUGUCAUACCUUUUGCUAAUUGAGAACAAACAUGAAACAGUGACCCGAUUCAAGUUCCAAAUCGGGCCAAGUUUGCAGUUACUAAUGGCAAUCUGCAUUAAGAUGGCACAUUCAAGCUUGAAAUUCAGCAAUAUCUGUUGAGAUCACACUACCGCUGAAAAUGUGUAGCCAGUCUGUUAACGUGGUAUAAUAGGAGGGUUUUGUUCUUUGAGAAUCGUGCAGUAUGGAAUAUACUUAUCAUUUUGAGGGCAUGUUAAAAUAAAUAACUCCUCAAAUGAGAGUUGAAUCUGGUAACGGUGAUCUCCAUUUCACUCAUUAAUGGUAGAUUGCUGGCUAUUUCUCAGUUUGCAUUCUGUGUAAAUCUUGUACAAAUAAUUAAAGUUGCUUUUUGCUUCCUA